AUGGGCAAGGCUUACAAAUCGCUUGUAUCCAAACGACACCAUGACAAGAAAACCCCCGAGGAGCCAAUAACACCCUCAAGAUUUGAGCAAAAUGAUAAUAAAAGAGUGGAUGAAGAUAUUUGGAGUCCUAAUUUUUUGUCAAGGGCUGCAAGUAGAAGAUCUAAAACGCCAACACCAAAAAGGGCUUCAUCAAGACAUGUAAACAGGAGAUGCACAACACCAACACCAACGUCCUCUCUAUCAAGAAGUUCUAGUCCAAAGAGUGCAACAGAAAUUGCUACAUCAUCUCUCAAAAGGAUUAUGAGCAGAAGGAGUACCUCAGCUUCAUUAUCAAGGAGCACAAGCAAAUUGGAUAUCUCUGAACCUGAGAUGAUUAACCAUGCAGCUUCUCCAACAAAGGAUGUGGGCAUAAGGGGUACCAGGGAAACUGAACAUGUCUCUGCAGUCUCUCUGUCAAGCAAUCUCAGCCGUAGAUCCACAACACCUAUCAUAUUUUCACAGACAACAGCUAGAAAGAAACCCCCAGGAGUUGAGAAAAAGCUCCUUUGCACACUUGAGGACUUAUGCUUUGGACGCAUCAAAAAGAUUAAAGUUACAAGAGAUGUUAUCAAACAUCCCGGGGUAAUUAUCCAAGAGGAGGAGAUUUUAAAGAUUGAAGUGAAGCCCGGAUGGAGAAAAGGAACAAAGAUUACAUUUGAGGGAGUUGGAGAUGAGAAACCAGGAUACCUCCCAGCUGAUAUAGUAUUCUUAAUUGAUGAAAAGAAACACCCUUUGUUUAGCAGAGAAGGCAAUGAUUUGGAAAUAUGUGUUGAGAUUCCUCUAGUGGAUGCACUUACAGGCUGCUCCAUACCAAUUCCUAUAUUAGGAGGGGAAAAUAUGACUCUGUCAUUUGAGAAUAUUGUCAUAUACCCUGGUUAUGAGAAGGUUAUUCAAGGUCAAGGCAUGCCAAACCCCAAAAAUAAUGGGAAAAGAGGUGACCUUCAUGUCAAAUUCCUCAUUGACUUCCCCACAGAAUUAAGUGAUGAACAACGGGAAGAAGCUGUUAGCAUUCUACAAGAUUGUUGCUGA